AUGGGCACUCAGAAAGGUUCCAACACGAAAAAGGCAUCGGGAUCUCCCUCAGCAAAGCACGGGAUUACCACAAACCCCAAGCAUGUCACCAGAUCACCUCGUCUUUCACCACUCAAACGCUCAAAAGCGCCAGAGUCCACCUUGCAGCCCACUGCAUCGCCACACUUCCCUCUUCCAGCUUCCAUCGUCAAUUCAGGACAAGCCCAAAAACAUUGGCAAGAAUGGGAGCAGCAGCUCCUGGUCUCGCUGCGCCAAAAAGGGAAGACUAACCGCGAAAUCAGCAAACAUUUGCCCGGUCGAUCCAAGAGAGCCUGUCAGGAACAAUUGCUGAAAUUGCUCAAGCACGGAGAGCAAAACCCCUAUCCUCUACUGGAAGAUGAUCGCGCGGAAUUCCGGGCUCUGAAGAAUAUGAAGAGAUGGAAGGAUUGGGAAGAUCAAAUCAUCAUCAGUAACUACAACGCGGGCAAGAGUUGGGGAGAAAUCAGCGAGCUACUGCCUUCCCGCACAGAAAAGGCGACAUUAGCGCGAUGGAAACAACUUCCGAAAUUCAAAUCCCCAAACCCACCGGAAAGUAAAUGGAGUCAAUAUGAAGAUCGGCUCCUGGGGUCUCUUCGCACCGCAAGAAAAGACUGGGCGGAAAUCGCUCAGCAGAUUCCAAACCACUCACGAUACGGUUGUAGGCAACGUUGGACCCAAGAUCUGCAUUAUCACUCGUCAAAGAAAUGGACGAAGCAAGAGAAGGAGACACUCAUGUCUCUGGUCAAGACGGUUGGGUAUCGUUGGUACGAAAUCGCCAAGUUCAUUCCUGGCCGAACGGGAGUUGCCUGCCGAUGUUGUUACGUGCGGUAUUGGGGUGAAGAAGACGGAGAGGGUGGGCCAUCGCCGGAGGAUUGGAUAGAUAUUUGGGACAGUGAGUCGCUUGUUCAUCGAUUACAGACCGAGCUGACGACUUCAGACCCUCCGAAUCCUGAGGAGACCGAUGGGGAGACCGAGAUUGACUCUAUGGAACUGGAGUCCACUGCUCGUGAUGCGAAUCAAGAAAUGGACUUUGAUGUCGGAGAGUCUGCCUCAGCUCCAGUCAACCCCGCGCCCACAGCCGAGAAAGAUCAGUAUAAGAGUUUCAAUGCAAAGAAGAAGCAAGCGAUCUAUGUCCCAGAGAUAUGA